AUGGCGGUCCGCGACCUGUGUCUGCUCUGCCUCAUGACGCUCUUCGCUCUACCUGCGCCGUCUCUCGGAGUCAGUAUCCAAUCUGAUAUAAUUUCAAAAUGCGAUAACGCGACUGGCGCCGAUGAUAACUGCAGCAUUGUUGGUGAUGGUGAUUUCUAUGGGCUGGGGGUCAGAAUCGGCAUAUAUGCAUCAUGGUUCGCUUCUUGGGUCAGCAACAGUUUCGUUCGCGAUCCGAGGGAGAUCUGUCAAUCUCUCGACACAAACGCCAGCUUCCUGUUCGCCAUCGCAAUAGUCGUGGCCACGUUCUCCUCGUCAGGCAACAUUCGAGUCAUCGACGCGUUGAUCCUCUUGCUGCUAUCUUUCGGCUAUCUACUUAGCGUGAUGAGCCUGUGGGGAUACAGGACCCUGCCCGAAAACCGCAAGCAUUUCGGUGGCUGGGGCACUCAUUUCCGCCUCAUGCUCAUGAAUGCCAUAUGCGCCUACGGCAUCUGGUUCUGGAGUGUCGGUAUGACCGACAAGCUUCCUAAAUGCAAUACGAGAGAGCAAUGUGGCGGGCUGAAGCUGUGGAUUCUCGUUGAAGUCCCCGUCGCCGGUACCGGCAUCCGAAAUCUGUUCCUGGCCUUUUCCUGCAUCGUUGGUGCCUUCUACUUCACGAUGUUGCUUGCGGCCUGUUUGGCUCUCAUCAAACUCCUGCGGGAAAUGAUCGAUAACGACUGGAAAGGCUGGCGUGUGCCGUUCAGCUGGAGAUUGCGAGAGAAGAUCGCAAAGGCAGAACCUUGGCCUCUGAAUUUGUGA